AUGAGCCACGCUCGAGGGUCUGCAGCGCCUUGGAACUACGUUUCCCGGCAUCCCCCGCGCGUAAGACGGAAACGAGGUGUGCUCCCCACUAGUAGUGAGAUGGCUGGUAUGCAGUUCCUGCCAUUUUCUAUCCUGCUUGGAGUUCUGGGGAUCCUCUGUGUGGGGCUCACAGGAUUCUGGGGCCGACACUGGCUUGGUGGCUUUGCCUGGGAUGGUUCUUCUGAAAUGUUCAACUGGCACCCGGUUCUUAUGGUGACAGGCAUGUUGGUUUUGUAUGGCACAGCGGCACUGGUGUAUCGUGUGCCUCUUUCCUGGGAGGGGCCCAAGCUCCCCUGGAAGCUGCUCCAUGCGACACUGACCUUGGCAGCGUUUAUCCUUGUCAUACUGGGGCUGGUUGCUGUCUUUGAGUUUCACAACAGAAAGAAGAUUCCCAACAUGUACUCACUCCACAGCUGGCUCGGGCUAACUGCUGUGGUGCUCUUCUCCUGCCAGUGGCUCAUGGGGUUUUCUUCUUUCCUGCUACCUUGGGCCCCCAUCUGGCUGCGAGCCCUCUACAAACCCAUCCAUGUCUUCUUUGGCUCUUCCAUCCUUUCUUUAGUUAUGGCAGCCUGUAUCUCUGGCAUCAAUGAGAAGCUGUUCUUCAGACUAACAAAUGCAACAACGCCAUAUUCGAAGCUCCCUGCAGAAGCCUGGUUUGCUAACAUCCUGGGGAUGCUUAUCCUGAUUUAUGGGCUCUUGGUGUUAUGGGCUCUUGCUUUGCCUGCGUGGAAGCGUCCAGAUGCAAAUUCAUAUGACAUCCAAGAGCCCUUGCUUCGGGAAGCCAGAUGA